UUUCAUUUAAAGGCAUACAAGGAGGGAGGACAAAAACGCUUCUUUUUCUGCUCGACUUCUUCUGAACAAAGACAGUCCAACAAGCUGCGUAUUUUGUUCCACAAGGAAGAUUUAAAUUCAAACCUAUGACGCGUGGAGGCCUAUACAAUUGGCGGACCGAUCGAUCCUGAUCAAGAAACAUCGAUAUAUGUGAAAUCUACACGUCUGUUGUUUUAGUUGUCUCGGGUGUUUCGUACAGAGUUCGUUGAUACAGUCUUCGUUCUGGAUAUUGCUAAACGUCUGUAAGAGUCGACCUUCUCAACAACGGCCAUGAGCCCCGACAGGGGAGACUCCUCCCCUCUGGGUUCGACCCACGACCCAAUGGAACAUAAUGGACACACGAAGGAAACAAUCGUACAUCAGUCCCGAGCUGAAACCCUGCGCAGUUCCAUCGUGGAGAUGGCUGGACGCGCCCCUCCUGGCACGGGACUGAGGCAUGAGUUGGCAACACGGACUUCCAAGUAUGCUCAACACCAGUCGCCGGUUCGUCUCGGUCAACCAGUGGCUACAGCGGGUACCACACAAAACACAUCCCAGAAUGUCACAGUACUGGUUCAUACAAAGGAACGCAUCGACGUCGACACCAUUCCAACAAGCACCCGACGAGACACAACUCGGCAACAACAGCAACAAAUAUCCUCAAGUCCCCAUCGGCCGCAGCCACCCACAGCCUCGCCUCCCAGCCCAAAAGACAGGGCCUCGGCUUGGCUCCUGCGCAGAUUUCGUCGACGUCACUUGAAGAUGGAAAAGCCUGUCCACGUUACUCCCGCAAAGGCUAGGGAGAAUCAGGAGGGACAAGAGUGUCGGGAACCAGUCAAAAAGUCUCCUAUUUCGGCCCAAAGCAGUAAACGAGUAGCGUUAACCCGACCAAAGAGUGUAAAGUUUCAAGCUGACGGAGAUUCCUCCCCUUGUACAUCCUCUCUCUUCCCUUCCACGGGUUCUUCAGGGGCCAACAGAGUUAAUCAAUAUGACGGAAACGACAAAGAAGAGAACCAAACGAACCAACAGAACACCGGCAUCAUGAACUUCAUGAAAAAGGUCAGGCAUACAGGAGUUGAAGCUACAGACAACAAAGAUGUUAACAAUAAUAUCGGCAAAUCCGAAAACGUCCGAGUAGCUGAGGAAAUCUACGAAGUGAGGGGUAAUGCUAUCCCAACGCCUCCUCCACGCCAAAGUUCGGCUCGUAGAGUUGGCCUAUUCUCCGCGUCUCUGGAAGCCUUCAAGAGACGGCUCAGAGUGUCGUCUUCCAAAUACUCCCAGCGCGUGUACGGCCAGGAGAUGGAAGGAGUGGACAGCUACAUAAUCACAACAGAGGACACCUCUCUUAAAGAUGCCCGUAGCCCCCACCAGAAAAUGACGGGAAACUUUGGACAUUCUUCAAGAGCUCAGCAAAAGACUGACGACAAGCAACGAGCGGCUACCCCAUUCAAGCCCAGGCUGAUCUCCAACGGUCAAAAUGCUUUCAACUCCACCCUGAAGCUUCAAGAAUCGACAAGACAACUCGACCCUAAUUCAACUCUUCAGUCCUUGAGUAACUUUACAUCAUACCCGUCAAUUCAACUAAGACCGUAUAUGAAAACUCGUCAAGAACCGGCCACGACUCCUCAGGAGGAACUUCACCUCAACCUCAAACAGGAACAACCCGAGGACGAAAAGCAGAAAGGAAAUGAUCAAAACUCUCCAUCAAAACCACCAAACUCACCUACUGCUCCAACUAAAUUUUCAUACAAGUUGCCGGAAGAUACCAGUACUAAAGAGGUUUCGUUUAAUGAGGAAGAAGAAGUGAAACAACCUCUCCCGAAUGUCAAAACAUACGUUGUUGAAAGCGACAGCUCGUCUGCUUUGAAAUCAAAACUAACUCAACCAGUCCCGCUGACCAUUCACAAUCUAAGACUACACGAUUCGCUUAACUCCAUUUACGAAAGAAGAAUGCGACGGAUGGAACGCUGCAAUCGAAACAAAUUCACCAAAGGGGUACCCACUUUCAGCAAUGACAGCAGUGACGGGUCGCCGAGCGAGCGCAUGUUACAGUGGCUGGCCGAGGUCUCAGAGCUGACCGUUAUACAGGCCCCACCUGCGGCUGUGGCCGUUCAGAUCACUGUUGAGAGUCUGGCACUUGACUUGCCCACUACUGGGGCGGCUGUCCAUGGUCGUCAUGGCUUUACCGAGCCAAUUUUUGUGUAAAAUCAAAAUGCACUUUAUAAUACAUACGGUACAUGUAUUUAUUUUGGAAAGUCUCUCAUUUGAAACUCUCCCUCUCUCUCUCUCUCUCUCU